AUUGACCCAUGCACUGACGCACAAGCUUGUUCUUCUUCCUAGCUCGGGUAGCAGGGUAAGCACCUUCCAGAGGUCAGAAUAACGCAGCUUUUGCGACGUCACCCUCAAUGCCGUGCCCAGACCCUGACGACGAACAAGCUCAAGCGGCCUGUCGAGAGCCGGGUCGGGCGCCAUCGUCGGCUGUAUCUCCAUCGCCACAAGAGCGGCAUGCAGCUCGAUCAGCGAAGCAGAGGGCGACGGCUAGCAAUCCCUUUGCUUGUUCACGUUGCCAAUCGCCUCGCUAUGCCGCAACGGCUGCCUUACGCGGGGAGAACGCUGAAAAAGCUGCUCCCGUCGAGGAUGAAGGAGAUGACCGCCCAGUGCUCAAGCUUCGCGAAGAGCGAUUUUGUACCACCUGCGCGCUGCGCCUAAUCCGCAACCGGGCGAGCAGGAGCGUAGGAGGAUAUACACAUGCUCGUGGGGCAUGCAUUAUGCGAAAGCAAUUCGAGCAGCAAGCAUGUGGACAAGUGUCGAGCCCCAGCCGCGUGCUCAUCGCGCUGAGUGGCGGCCCCAAUAGCCGUGCCCUCCUGCAUCUGACAGCAGACAUCUUUGGCGUGGACAUGUACAUCAGCGGGAAAAGGAGGCAACAGAUCCAACAGAAGGGUUCAAGGGGCAUCGUUGCUGAUGUUGCCGUCCAAUCAACGAAUCGGCUCACGCACAGAGCAGUCGACGCUAACCUAGAUGGGAACGAUACCGAAUCCGUUGGCUCAGGGUCGGCUUUUUUUACAUCUUCAGCAGUUCCUGAUAUCAGCACUGAAAAAAGAUCACCUGACGCUGGGCGCCGCGGAAGAGCUCGUGGUACUCAACGACCUGCGGACAUCGAUGUGCUCGAUGCACUACACGUCGACGACUCUGCCUUAUUCUUUUCCUCGAGUGAGGAAGUGGACUAUGCUCGCAAGUCCAGGCGAGAUACACUUCAACGCAUGAUAGACAAUCAGAACGCACUGCUUUGCUCAACUCAGGCGGACUACGGAAACAGGUACCGACUUGUUACGCUCAAUCUGGAGGAUAUCUUUUGUAGCGAUGAACAGCUAGCCCAAAAAGUGUUUGGCACAUUUGGGCUGCAAGAUGAGGAGAGCAGGGCAUGGUUCUGCACUGUGAAGCACGAUCCCAACACAAGUCUAUUUGCACCUUCGUACAUUUCUUCAACGGAUGUGUCAAACCGACAUCUCCUCCUGGACCUGUUCUCACGCAUCGCUGCUAAAUCUCCGCUCUCCAGCCAGUGCACUGCGUCGGCCAACGCUAGCGCCACAUCUCGCACAGCCCUGACCCGCAUCGAGGAUCUGCACCGUAUCCUCAUGGAUACACUCAUACGCCGCGUGGCGGUCCUUCCUCAUCAGGCUUCUUUGCCCAGAGCACAAGCAUACCAAGCCCUUCUUCUUGGAACGUCCGCGACUCGUUCGGCUGUGCGGCUCAUGGAUGCUCUUUCGAAAGGCGAGGGUGCCAAGCUGGCGGUCAACAACGCUGCUGCGCAAUGGUUUGGCCUUCCUACUGCUGGUGAUCGCCGGGUGCUCGUGCUUCGACCUUUAGCAGACUGCAGCGCCAAAGAGCUAGGUUGGCUUGUCCACAACCAGCACCUGGAAUACAUCCAACCGCGAGAUCUUGCAGGAUCUGCUCUCUUUGCGAGCGAGCAUGUCCCCAGAGCACCUACGGCGGAUGUGAAUCCAGGGCUGAUGGGCAGCAAGGCAAGCCUCGAACGCCUCACGGAAGCAUUCGUGCUGUCGCUCGAGACCAAUGUCUCGAGCACUGUCAGCACAAUUGGUAAAAUUGGCUCAAAGCUGGUCCUCUCAAGCGAUAAUGCGUCUCCUGCUGAAGACGAGGCUGGUCAACAGCCCGUGUUUGAGGUCCAUGACCCCUCUGUGAAACAGAAGAACAGGUCCAACACAGAGAGUUCCUUUUCAACAGGACCAGACUUCCUUGACAAAUCUCUCUACACGCGUCUACUUUCGGCAUCGCAAGCUAAGAUGGUCCAUGACAUUUGUGACUUUUCUUGCUUUCCGCUUUCGCGAACAAAGGAAGGAGCUCAAUCGCCGAUCUGUCCUCUUUGCUGCAUGCCAGCUCAGCGGGAAGACGCUAGGUCGUGGAGGAGCAAAAUCAGCAUUCGUUCGUCCGAUGCGAUAUCAUCGCAUACCCAUCCGAAAGCCGUGGAACCUGCCGUGGCGCAGGAAGCGGGUGAACUCGAUCUCACUGCGCGUCUGUGCUAUGCAUGCACGCUUGUGCUGGAUACACCUCCAGUGGAUGGGCACGACAAGGAUUUAACUCUGCCCCUUCCUGCGCAUGCGCUUCACAUGUGGGCUUUGACCAGUGUGGGAUACGACCAUUCUUUUGUCGACGUGCAACGUAUCGGUUUGGAUGGAAACGCGAGCGAAUAUUCCGCGCUACAACUGAACAGCAGCGGAUUUUCGCCGUCGACCCAACGACGCGGCGAUCAACAGGUCGUGCGGAGGGUAGAACGGACAGAGAUGCGUCAGCACCUGGAUAAAUUCUUGCUCGAUGGUGGCGAGUGAAACUGGCUCUCAUGCCUGUGUAUGCGCGUUCUCAAUCUGAAGCUGGUCUGCACAAGUCAGGACUGGUAUAUUUGCGAAGUAGGAUACAGUUGAGCGGGUAUGCAGCAGAGGCCCCCCUCUACGAUGUCGCAAGCUUGCUGUAGCUAGGUGGAGCCAACCUCGAUCGCACGA